CGGCUGGGGGGGGCGCUGGGUGUGGGGCGGCUCCGGGGCCGGGGAUGGCGGCGGCCGCGGUGGCGGCGGCUCCGGGACGAGCCGGAGGAGUCCAGGGAGCUCCGUGAAAUGGGCCGACUCCCAAGCCAAAGGGGAGGACACUUACUACAACUACUCAGAAAUACCACCAGAAGCUCAGCAGAUGUGGGCACCCCAGCCAGCAGCAGAGAAGGGUGCAGGGAAACCACAGAGAAGUCCCUUCUGAUGCCCCAAGGAGCAAGCAAACCCCAUCCAGGCUCCAGGAACACCACAAAGCAAUAUGAAACCUGUUCAUGAAAGGAGUCAGGAAUGCCUUCCACCAAAGAAACGAGACCUCCCUGUGACCAGCGAGGAUAUGGGGAGAACUACCAGCUGCUCCACAAACCACACACCCUCCAGUGAUGCUUCUGAAUGGCCCCGAGGGGUCGUGGUGGCUGGGCAGAGCCAGACAGGAGCCAGAGUCAGCCUCGGGGGUGAUGGAACUGAGGCCAUCACUGGUCUGACAGUAGAUCAGUAUGGCAUGCUGUAUAAGGUGGCUGUGCCACCUGCCACCUUUUCACCAACUGGCCUCCCGUCUGUUGUGAACAUGAGCCCCUUGCCCCCCACGUUUAAUGUAGCGUCUUCACUGAUUCAACAUCCAGGAAUCCACUAUCCCCCAGUCCACUAUGCUCAGCUCCCAUCCACCUCCCUGCAGUUUAUUGGGUCUCCUUACAGCCUUCCUUAUGCUGUGCCACCUAACUUCCUGCCUAGUCCCCUCCUUUCUCCUUCUGCCAACAUUGCCACCACUCACCUUCCACACUUUGUGCCAUAUGCCUCACUCCUGGCAGAAGAAGCUACUCCUUCCCCCCAGGCAGCAUCCCCAGCCCAGCCGUUUAACAAAUCCUCUUCUGCCACCUCCCCACCCGGCCAGUUACCGCAUCACUCAAAUACCCAACCACUGGAUCUUGCUCCAGGCCGGAUGCCCAUUUACUAUCAAAUGUCUAGGCUACCUGCUGGAUAUACCUUGCAUGAAACUCCAACAGCAGGUGCCAGCCCUGUUCUUACCCCUCAGGAGGGCCAGUCUGCUCUGGAAGCAGCUGCUGCCAAUGGACAGAGACAGCGAGAGCGAAAUGUAGUAAGAAGAGAAAGUGAAGCCCUUGAUUCUACCAGCAGCAAGGGUGAAGGCCAGGGACUGGUGCCUGUGGUAGAAUGCAUGGUGGAUGGACAGUUGUUUUCAGGUUCUCAGACUCCACGAGUCGAGGUGGCGGUGCCAGCACACCGAGGGACCCCAGACACCGACCUUGAGGUCCAGCGGGUAGUUGGUACUUUAGCGUCUCAGGACUAUCGUGUGGUGGCAGCUCAGAGGAAAGAUGAACCCAGCCCUCUUAACCUGUCCCAUCACACCCUUGACCAUCAGGGUGAGGGACGAGGGUCGGCCAGGAAUCCUACAGAAUUGGUAGAGAAAAAUCAGUCCCGUGUGUUCUAUCCUCAGUCCCAUCAGGAACCAGUAAAACACAGACCUUUACCAAAAGCAAUGGUUGUAGCCAAUGGCAACCUGGUGCCCACUGGAACUGACCCUAGCCUGCUGCCUGUGGGCUCAGAGAUCCUGGUGGCAUCAAGUCUGGACAUGCAGGCCAGAGCUACCUUCCCAGACAAGGAGCCAACACCACCUCCCGUUACCUCCUCCCACUUGCCCUCCCAUUUCAUGAAAGGCGCCAUCAUUCAGCUGGCUACCGGAGAGCUGAAGCGGGUAGAGGACCUCCAGACCCAAGAUUUUGUGCGCAGUGCCGAAGUGAGUGGGGGGCUGAAGAUUGACUCUAGCACAGUCGUGGACAUUCAGGAGAGCCAGUGGCCUGGAUUUGUUAUGCUGCAUUUUGUGGUUGGUGAACAACAGAGCAAAGUGAGCAUUGAGGUGCCCCCCGAGCAUCCCUUUUUUGUAUAUGGCCAGGGUUGGUCGUCCUGCAGCCCUGGGCGGACUGCACAACUCUUCUCUCUGCCCUGUCAUCGGCUACAGGUGGGAGAUGUCUGCAUCUCUAUCAGUUUACAGAGCUUGAACAGUAACUCAGUUUCUCAGGCCAGCUGUGCUCCCCCAGGCCAGCUGGGUAUACCCCGAGAAAGACCUGAGAGGACAGUAUUGGGGCCCAGAGACCUAUGUGACAACGAGGGGAAGAUCCAAUCUUCAGGAGAGGGUUCCCGGGUGGGAGAGCCCUCCCAGCCUGAGCCUGGUGCUCAGGCUUGCUGGCCAGCCCCAAGCUUCCAAAGAUACAGCAUGCAAGGGGAGGAGGCACGGGCUGUGCUGCUCCGUCCCUCUUUCAUUCCACAGGAGGUAAAACUGUCCAUUGAAGGGCGUUCCAAUGCAGGAAAAUGAACCUCUUUCCCAGCCCAGGACUGGGGCUUUAUCCCCAGAGGUGAGCCUCACCGUGAGCAGCCAGAGGAUUUGCACAUGUCAAGCAGAGAACGGCUCUCUUGGCAGUGAGAUUUGAGGGAAUCAGGGGGCAUGGAGACAGCCUCCCAAAGCAGGAUCUGUUGCUCAUUAAUUACCCCAUGGCAUCCUUUCAGGACAGCCCUGGGGGUGAGGAGAUGGGGAAAAGCAGGCUUGGAGCAAGAAAGGGUGGGAGUGCACAUAGGAUAAGAAACAUUCCAAAAUCAGGGCCUCCCUGUUUUUUUUCCUACUCAUUCCUGGCUCCUACAAAGGAAAGUACAGGCUUUGGGAGCAGGUGGCAGAGGGAGCAAAGAAAGAGCCAAAAAUGAUCCACAGCUUAUAGUAGCAGUAAAACUGUUUUCUUUCUCUUUUUCUCCUCCUCCCCCCUUUUGUGGUGGGAGGGCAGGAGGUCCAAUGGUUGAAAAUGAGAAGGUUCCCACCCAGAACUCUUCUUGUAAGAGAUGUGCACUUUAAAGGGUGAUUUUGUUACAGAUGUCUAUGGCUGGGUUUGGGGUGGGGGAGCACCAUGAUCUAUAGAACUCUGCUUGAUUCUUUGCUUCUGCCCAUUCCCAUCUCACCUCACCAUUCCUCUAUAAGGCUUUCUAGCAGUUUAGGGGCCAGAAGCGGGAGGAGAAAUACAUUCAGGGCUGAGAAUGAAGGACUGCCUUGACAGGAACCCAAUCGGGGUUUUGGAGAAAAGACUUGACUGCUAGUAUGGGCCCUAGGCGAGGCUUUUGAAAGGAGGUUAACCUAAUGAAACUCCCAUUCAACAUGUCAGGCCUACUUUGACAUUUCACUGAGUCUCUAAUAGUAACCUUGGAGAGACCUGGAGGACCUUUUCCCUAGGCACCCACACUCUUCCAUUGUCUGUCUAUGUUGUGCCUAAGUGCCUGUGCUGCUCCCACCCUUCUGCUGCCCUGACCUCUGCAUGGUGUCUUGAUCUGGGCCUCACGUGUAGCUGCACUGCCUUUGUCCACUAAGACCUCUAGUUUUUGGUGUAUAAGGGUCUCUGGUUUCCCUAUCAGCUAUAAUUUUUAUAUUUAGAAACUCAAAUUCAUGUCCUCUUUCACUGGCAGCAAUAUAGUGGAGAAACAAAAAAGAAACCAUGCCCUAGGCUGAACUUUCCCAUUCCAGUGGUUUUACUUGGCCCCCCUCCCAUCUCGUCCAUUGCCUCUCACCAUUUUGGCAUCUCCAAGCUGUGCUCUUCCACCAUCAGCUCUGAAAGUCUACAAUAGUCCUUGUAACAUCUUAGCAGAUGUUUCCUUGUGUGGUGGUGGACUCUUCUACAAAGAACAUUUUCUAUCUUGGUUAUUUAUAUUUACUGCCAUCUCUCUUAAACCCACAUUUCACCUACAACUUGGAGUGUCAACUUGGACUGUAGGAUGCCAUUGGGUAUUAAGAUUUAGACUCCCCCCACCACCAACUUUCAGAUGGUUGAGUAGUGUGUGUGUGUGUGUGUGUGUGUGUGUGUGGUGUUUUUUUUUUUAAAGGGGGGAGUGUGUGAUUCUUUUUAGACUCUUGAAGGCAACUCAGGGUAUUGUCCACCCAGCUCUCUAGUUAAACUUCUCCCAGAGUAUGAUUGUGGCAUUUCCUUCAUAGAUAGACUUGAACCGGCCAAGGCCUGUUCAUCCUGUCAUCAGGAGUCCCACACUUCUGAGGUAUGAGCAAAACUUAUGGCAAGUCUUGUGAUCUCUCGCUCUUUCACUUCCUCCCCAGCUGCCAAAUGGGGAUAAAUAAUCUUACCUACCUCCUGGGGGGAGGGGAAGUUCUGAGAAUGGAGUCAUUCUUCGUGUUCAGGUGCUAAAGGUUGUUCUCCUUGGGAACAGAGAAACAAGCUGGCUGGCAAGCUACAAACCCUACAUUCUGUCUCAGAUCUUGAGAGCAAAUACCUGGUCAGUGAGCUUUCAGGGGAGCAUCCCAAGGAAGCUGCUUAGCCUGAUAAGUACUUAAGUUUCAGAGUUUGUCAGUCAGAUACCAACCUUGUGUGCAGUGGAAAUCACGUCCUUUCCCUUCCCUUGCCCCCCCCCAUUCUCUGAUUGCUGCUUCUCUGGCUUAUUUCCUACAGUGGGGGCCUGUGGGGUUGAGUCUUGAGGAAUUCUCUCAAAUGAGAGUUGUAGGAGAAGGCCUCCUCUCUGUUUUAUGAACAACUCAUUCCUAGGGAUUAUUGUAUGCAUGGAUUUCUCAAAAUUCCCCUUCCUCACAUGAAGGUUCAUCAUGGGAAUUUUGUGACAUGCACUGUAGAUGCUCAAGAAAUGUCUACCAGGGAUACCACUGAGCUUGCUAGUGGGACCAACAUGCAAUUGUUGAGGACUUUGACAAACUGGCCACUGACCUUUCUGCUGUGGUUCCUUUUCUAUCCCUGUCUGAUAAAACAAUGAUAGCAACUCCCUUAAUAUGGUGCCAUGCAUUUGUAAUGUGCUUUUGCUGAGCUGAGAGCUACCUUCCCUGAAAUGUGCGGCCCUAGAAAAGAAUGCUUGUCAGAACUGUGGCAAUGCUUACCCUUAUCCUAAGUGUGUAAGAGGGGUGUCUUUUAGAGUGAGCAUUUCAGUGGUUAGCUGUCAGCUUUUGGGGACUGGGCAGUGAUAGGACAUCCCCAGAACUUGAAGAAAGUUCUGAAAGAAGGGAAGUGCAUAUGCCAAUUUAGAAGGGGAACUUGGUAAAUGGUAACUAGUAAUCUGAAGAUUUAGAUCAUCCCUAUCAAGACAAGAGGUAGGGAAGGGGCUUGGGCCCUCAGAGCUGAGUGCUUAUACCUGAGGGAGGAGCCCAAGAAGAGCUAGACUGACCCCUCUUUACACUUCGGGUCCCAUGUGGUUCUAAUGACAUGGGCUUUGCUCUGUGCUGCUUUGCUGUUGUCUGCUCAAUGUCCUGUCUAUUGCCCAUCAUUGCUCCUGUCCUUCAUGUCUUUGGCCAUGUGGAUUAAGUUCAGGCAUCCUGUCUAUUCUUACCUGUGUUCUGCCAGUAUUACUGGGUAGCACAGUCGUGUUGAAUAGGGAUGGUCUGCAUGCUGUGUUUGGGCUGGUAGAUCUAAAAGGAUGUGGCUUCAGUGCUGUCAGGAGCCCAUUGGCUCCAAAAAUUUGCCUGUCUUGAGGGAGAAACAAGCAGGUCCUACCAGAGACUGUUAUUCUCUCCUUUAUGGUACUUUAUAGCCUGUUUCAAAACAAGAGGGGAACCACGUUAGGGCUUGAGCCAGGAUCCUAGCCCCAGUUGAGAAAGAGUUUGAAGUUUGGCUGAAAUAGCUCCUCCAGUUGGGUUUAAUUUUCUUUUUACUAGUAGGAUCAUAGGCAUUUUAAGAGAACAGGAUGGUGGCAUGAUUUAACCCUGCAUUGAGUAGGCAUAUUGAGUGGUCACACUGGUGUGAGCUGACAGUAAGCAUUGGGAAAGGCUCAGGCCUUUGGAGUAAAGAUAACCAGAUUAAUUGAAUUGGCCAUGGGAGAUUAGGUCACAGUCCUAGAAGCAAACAGGACAAAGGCCAAGUUUUAGAGAGGUGUGUUGACCUCCUAGGAUUAAGUUUACUAAACUACACUGAAGCUAUAGUACUUUCUAGAUCAGAAAAGUGAAAUACACUACAGUUGAAGAGCUGAAUUCUACUAUAAAUGGAUGUUGUUAGCCUUUGCUUGGAAGCCUUCACCUUCUAGCUUCCCCAGGGUUGGAAAGGUCUCCCACAUUAUGCAAUAAUAAGCAUCCGGGUCUUUGCAGCUGUCAGUUUUUUGUUUUUUUCAACUCUAGGAUCCAUCUUUGGACUGAAAGCUUGGUCUGGGCCUAGGACAACAUUGGCCCUUGAUGCUAGAGUUGGUUGCAUUCUCUCCUUACCUGCAGACUAUGCACAGUUCCUGGGGCAGAGGGAGAGGUGGUAUGGCUUGCCCUGUUGAGCCUCCUCAGCAGGAAUAAUAGUAAUAAAUGCACUUUUCACAUUAAAGGUUUAUUAGUUCUCCUGUUAUGCCUAGGAUCUUCCCCUAGUAGUUUGCAAACUCAACAGUCUGUGUGAUCCCAAAGCCAUUCCACUGCAAACGCCUAGCAGUAAAGAUGGCCCCAGACUAGGUUCCUGUCUGCAGUGUGUGUGGCAGCAGCCCACGUGCCUUUACCUAAUUGUCAGACUUGCAAGCGUUUAGUCUGUCUUUAUGUUAGGGGGUCUUAGGUACUUCAGAGAGAGAACAGAUAACACAGUGGUUUUAUGCCCACCUCACCCCCUGCCAGGGACUUGGUGUGUAGUUAUAAACUAUGAGGGUUGGUGAGCUGCUGGUAUUGCUGAAGGCAGGGUGGACCCCUCAUUUGCUUCAUAUGUGCACUCAGUGAAUUGGAUUGGGGAAGAGACUGACCAUACUCGUGGCUAAUUUGAAGUAUUAAAUACAGCUGUCCUCUACAUACUUCCUAGUCAUACAGGAUCCCUGUAGCCAAAACAGUAUAUGUUCCAGCUGCAGAGAGCAGACAGCUCUCAGCUUGCACAGCACCUUAGGGGAGGGAAGAAUAUAUGGAUAGGUAAUAGGGUGGAGAAAGGAUGGGGAUUUUGUCAUCCAGGUGGCUUUAGGGUCCUAAGGAGUAGAGAAGGAUGGCACUGGGGAGGUCUGGAUGGAUCUGAUUUGUGUAGGAGUUCCCUGUAGAUAAAUUACUGAUCCCCCAACCACUAUCCCCAGUAUGUAAUGGCUGAAUUAAUAUGUAAUCAACUGCAUUGUAUCUAAAGCCUUAGAACUAGUCAGGUGCUCCUCCCACCCAAUACCAUUUCUUACCCUCUAAUCCUACCUGAUCUUUAACAAAGCAUUAAUAAUUCUGAGGAUAAUCUCUAUUUUGUUGUGCUUUUUUGUAACUGUUUUAAAUAAAUCAAUUUGUACUGUAUAUUUGUACUUUUGUGAGAUCCUUUUUGCUGUUUUACCAUUUUAAGUCUCUGUACUUGGCUACACACAGAUUGUAUUUUUAUUGUUAAUGCUCUUCUUAUGGAUACCUGCAUUUAACUUGUGGACUAUGUAAACACAAUAUAUAUCAAUAUCUAUAUAUCUAUAUAUCAAUCUAUAUAAACUACUAGCUUUUC